UUGCGCUGGAGAAGAGACGCUUCACACUUUGCGGAGCUUCUUUUUUUUCUGCCUCUGCCUAUUUUCAGCCGAGCCGAGCCGAGAGGAUGAGCGUAUCUGGGCUUCUUCCUCAGCAGCACUUGGUCCUCCAUGCCUCCGUCUGAACAAGUUCGUUUCGGUCUGAUGUUUCCCCUCCGACCGUCAUUUGGGAGAGAAUGCGUCUUCUCGUUUUUGCGACUUUAUUUGGAGUCCUUCUCGACGCAGGAGAUGCCCUUCAGAUCCAGUGCUACCAGUGUGAGGAGAUGAAGCACAAUGACUGCUCCACGCCGGAGUACAUUGUCAACUGCACCGUCAACGUCCAGGACAUGUGCCAGAAAGAGGUGCUGGUCAAACCUGAUGGAAUACAUUAUCGGAAGUCCUGUGCCUCCUCCGGGGCUUGCCUCAUCGCCUCCUCCGGCUACCAACAGUUCUGCACUGGCAGGCUGAACUCAGUCUGCAUCUCCUGCUGCAACACCCCGCUCUGCAAUGGGCCCAGGAGGAAGCGUCCCGUCCCUUCUGCGGCAGUGACGUCCGGCAACCAGCUGCUUCUCCUCUUCCUAAACUCUUUUCUGCUGCUGCUGACGCUCCUCCCUGUGACGUAGACUGAGGAUCCCAUCUCGUCUCCACUGUACAGUUUGUUUUCCCAACUCGAAACCCACAGAAAAGAAAAGACACCUCGCCUUGUUGCUACUGUGUUCUUUUUCAUUUAGGUUCACACUUCCCAGUUAGAAUUAAAUUAAGACUUGUAAACACAAGGCAGAAUCUUGGCAUGUGGUCCUGCAAGGUUAUAGAGUUUGGCAGCAGGAGGGAGAGAGUCAGAUCUAAUCAGGUUGUCCUUGCAACUUCAGCUAAACAGGAUUAACUUGUUCGCACUUUUUUGUUGUUCCGUUGUGACCUAUACAGAAAUAAAUAGCUGUGAAUAAACAUCAGUUCAGACCACAGUUAAAGAAAAGUUUGACACAUUGGGAAACACACUUAAAGGGACAGUUCCAAGUGGCCGAUAACGGCCAUAGAGAUUUCUGCCUUCUCUUCAGUGUAAUGGAACUAGAUGGCACUCGGUCGUGGCUUGUGGUGCUCAAAGUGCCAAAAAAAAAAAAAAAAUACAUUUGAAAAACUCAACAGCAAAGUCUAUUUCUAGAAAUCAUGACCCGGUUACCAAAGAUAAUCCACAGACCUUGUUGUGAUCAGUUUCAUGUAGGAAAUACUUUCUGUCUACCCAAUUACAAAGGCUUGUGCUCGUGACAGUAUGAGGUAUGAGAUGUAAACAUUAGCUUUCUUUACAAAGCCUGUUCAAGGCAUGAAUGUCACACCAUUAUUCCACCUCCCCAUUCCUUAUAAAGGUACAUUUGCGGAAUGGGUAGUUGCCUUUAAGCUGGCAGAGGAGGUAGUAACAGCACUGAAUCAACCUCUGUGUGAAAGGGACUGUGGGGUGGGAAUGUGAUGUGCAUGCGACCCACCCUUGGGAGAUUUAAAAAGUGUCACGACUGAACAAAGGACCUGAACCCAAAUGCACAACUCGGGACUCCAAGUUACCAGGCAACGGAGACACGUCUCCAGUUCCUGGUUGAGGCGCUCAGUCUGUCGAGGCAGACAAUCAGACCAGCGGGAAAACACACAGGGGAAGGAGCAAGUUGCCUGAAACGAGAGGAGAGUUAGCUUCCAAAAUAAAACAGGAAAUCACGAGACAACAUAGACACAAGACAAAACUGAUUAAAUUUACAGUGUUUGUGGAAGUCCAAGCCAGGUGAUUCUUUAUCUUUUCCUAAUCAUAAACAAGUAGUUUUGUUGCAUAAACAUAUCUGCCGACCCCCUCUGCAUCAAGAUGCAAUGCAAAAGGCUGCCCCUGGUAUCUCUUUAGAAAUGCCAGGGGCUGCUCAAGCUGCAAAAUAUUUCAAGAGGGGAUGAAUUCACAUUGCAAGCUGAGUGCCAUCUAGUUCCAUAAUAUUGGAUAGAGGGCAGGCAUCUCUACGACCAAUAGAUCCAGCACUCGGCAGCUCACACCAAUACAAUCUAGACUGAUUAAUAGCACUACAGGUAAUUUCCCUACAGGGAAAAUUCUUUUUUGAUUUGGGGGUGAGCUGUCUCUUAAAUUGCUUUCUGGUGGAGAAUUAGAUGAGAAAAAUCAACAUCACUAUUAUGUAUUUCUGUUGUAUGUAAGGCUAUGGUCUGUAACUGCUUAGCUUAGCUUAGCACAAAGACUGGAAACAGCUAGUCUAACUUCUUCUGAAGGCAACAGAAUCCCAACUUAACAUGUUAUAUCAUUAUACAAAUGAAAAAUAAUGCAACAAUAUUGCAUGUUUACAGGCAGUUUAGUGUCAGGCUAUUUCUUGGCUGGCUACAGGCACCUAGUGAGACCUCCAGGAAGUGAAUGGUCCUCGCCAAAAAUAUAUUUGUAACCCCUAUAAGUGGUGAACUUUUUAUAUAGAUAACUAAAUUAGGUAAAAUAUGUUCAUUUAUGAGCCAGGAGGUGGAUUUUUAUCCUCAGACAGAGCCAGACUGGUAGCUUCUAGCUUUAUGCUAAUAAGCUAACUGGCUGCUGUCAAAUUAUUUCUUUAAGGGAAAUCUACAGCAUGCAAUGAUAAUUCGUGCACAUUUUUAUG